AUGCCUGCUGAGCGCAGAAGUGCUGGAGGGGGCCGCCUCAGCCCGAUAGUCAACUGCCAGUUUGAUCAGGUUUUGCGUGAGUUAGCAGCCGUGGGGGAAGAUUUCGAUAUCAUCUUUAUUGAUGCUGAUCAAAAGGACCCCACAGAGAACUAUCACUUUGUCAUGGAGAACCAUUUGUUGAGAAUGGAUGGGAUGCUCUGUGUGGAGAACACGCUCAUGAAAGGACAUGCCUACCUAGAGAAUACAGCAGAUGAAAAUGUAUUAGAUGUCAAAAAACUGAAUCAAGUAAUUAAUUCAGAUCCUCGCAUAGAGCAGGGGGUCGUAAAAGAUGAAGUGUUUUGGGGCUACCAGCAAUGCUGCAUCCUUGACCGCCUACGACUGGAUGGCAAAGUGGCGUACGUAACAGGUGGCGGCCAAGGGAUUGGGCGAGGCUUCUGCCAUGCUUUGGGGGAAGCAGGCGCCAAAGUGGCCGUUGUGGAUCUGGAGCCUGCAAGGGCGGAAGCCGUAGCCCUGGAGCUGAGUCUCAAAGGGAUAAAAAGCAUUGCUAUAGCAGCAGAUAUAAGCAAACCAGAAGAGAUCCAGCAGAUGCUCGAUACCAUCGUGGCUAAAUGGGGCACAGUCCACAUCGCAUGUAACAAUGCAGGGAUUAACAUGAAUUCCCCGAGUGAAGCCACCUCGCUGGAAGAAUGGGACAGAACUUUUAAUGUGAAUUUACGAGGCUUGUUUUUGUGUUGCCAGGCUGCAGGCCGCAUUAUGCUGAAUCAAGGGUACGGGAAGAUAAUUAACACGGCAUCUAUGGCAAGUUUAAUAGUCCCCCACCCUCAGAAACAAUUAGCUUACAACGCUUCAAAAGCCGGGGUUGUAAAGUUAACUCAGACGCUGGGGACGGAGUGGAUCGACCGAGGCGUGAGAGUGAACUGUAUCUCUCCGGGGAUCGUGAACACACCGCUCAUCCAUUCGGAGGAGCUGAAGCCUCUUGUGCAGCGCUGGCUCGCAGACAUCCCGGCUGGGCGGCUGGCUCAAGUGACCGACUUGCAAGCUGCUGUUGUAUACUUGGCAUCUGAAGCUUCCGAUUAUAUGACUGGCCACAAUUUAGCCAUUGAGGGAGGGCAAAGCCUGUGGUAG